CUUGGGCUGGUUUCUGUGCUUAGAAUUCAAUGACUGCACUUAUCGUGGCUGUAAAAGGAGGCUACACACAGUCAGUAAAAGAAAUCUUGAAGAGGAAUCCAAAUGUGAACUUGACAGACAAGGAUGGCAACACAGCGCUGAUGAUUGCGUCCAAGGAGGGGCACACGGAGAUCGUGCAGGAUCUGCUGGAUGCCGGCACCUACGUGAACAUCCCCGACAGGAGUGGGGACACCGUGCUGAUCGGCGCCGUCAGAGGCGGCCACGUGGAAAUCGUCCGCGCGCUGCUCCAGAAGUACGCGGACAUCGACAUUCGAGGGCAGGUACGUGUGGCUGCGGGUGGUGGGCUCGGAGUGUGAUGGGCUGUCAGGUUG